AUGUCGGGUCUCAACGCAGACAAUAUCACGCAGCGAGAGCAGUCCAACCGUGCCUAUGCCAACUGCGUUGACGAGAACCUUCACGAAGUCGUAUCUGCAUGGUUCCUCGGCCCUCAGGCUGAGAACAGCGAUAUCUUGGGGGGUCUUUUUGCUGAGGCGGUCGCACUUCAAAAGGCCUCUCGCCUCGCCUACCAUCCAGAAGAUGGCGCCUUCAUCACGCCCGCUAUACGCGCGUCGGAGGCGUUCAAUCAAGAAAGUACGGAUUUACAGACACAGGUUCGCAAGACGAUCACAUACCUGUACAAAUUCUCCGUCCCGUUCUUCUCUCAACGCUACGCCGGACACAUGUCGUUCGAGACCAGCCUUCCGGGCAUCCUCGGCAUGGCGUCAACGCUCCUCUGCAAUCCGAACAAUGUCGCCUACGAGGCUAGUCCGGUCACCACCGAGAUCGAGCUGCGCGUCGGCCGGGAGAUGUGCAGGAUGCUCGGCUACAAAGUCGUACCCGAAUCGACUAGGCAGGAGGAACUUGAGGGCCCCAAAAACGACCUUGAAGGAUGGGGUCAUAUCGCAUGCGACGGCACCGUCGCCAACCUUGAGUCUAUCUGGUCUGCACGUAACCUCAAGUACUACCCGUUGUCGUUGAGAGAUGCGAUGAAGAAAGAACUUGCGUUCAUCGCCUCCACGUUCAAGGUUCCUCUCCCGAAGACAGGCGAGGAUGCGUUGUUCUCAGGACUUGACCUCUGGCAGCUGUUGAACCUCCCGGCGACCACGAUCCUCGACAUUCCCAACCGGCUUCACGAGCAGUUCGGGAUCACGCCGACAUACCUUGACGAGGUCCUGUAUGACUACCUCGUCCAGUCGCGCGGAAAGCAGGCACUCGAGACCGAGUGGCAGAUGGCGCACUCCCCUUCCUACUUCAUCUCUGCUACGAAGCACUACUCAUGGCCGAAGGGCGCAGCCAUUGCGGGGCUCGGCGCUGAAUAUAUGCGCGAGGUUCCAGUCGACCAUAACGCACGGCUCGACAUUGGUGAACUAACCAAGCGCUUGGACCAGUGCCUCGCCGAAAAGAAGCCCGUGUUCGCUGUGGUCGGCAUCAUUGGUUCCACCGAGGAAGGCGCCGUCGACCCGCUCGACAAGAUCCUCGACCUUCGCGACGCGUACGAGAAAAAGGGCUUGUGCUUCCUCGUGCACGCCGAUGCGGCCUGGGGCGGCUACUUCGCGUCGAUGAUCCGCAAACCCUCGCCGAAGAAGACACCGUACGGGAUCUACCCGGAGCCAUCACGUGACUUUGUACCCAGCUCGACACUCAGGAAGUCGACUGUCGACCAGUUUCAUGCGCUCGCGCGAACGGACUCCAUCACGAUCGAUCCACACAAGGCGGGCUAUAUCCCGUACCCCGCGGGCGGGCUGUGUUACCGGGACGGCCGUCUCAAGUCGCUGCUGACCUGGUCUGCCCCAUAUCUCGCGCAGAAAGCCUCGGGCGAGAGCAUCGGCAUCUACGGUGUGGAAGGAAGCAAACCUGGCGCACCCGCUGUUGCUACUGCCCUGCAUCACAAGGUCGUCGGUCUGCACGAUAGGGGUCACGGAGCGCUUCUGGGCGAGGCCUCGUGGUCCUGCCGUCGGAUCUCUGCGCAUUGGGGAGCCAUGUCAACGGAGAAGGACGACUUCAUUGUCGUGCCCUUCAACCCCCUCCCCGCUGAGAAGGAUGGUCCGGUAGCUCUUGCCCAACAAAAGGAAUACAUCCGCACAAACAUCCUGGGUAAGCUCAACGAAGACAUCGUCACGAAUGAGGCGGCGAAAGACCUGCUCUGCCAACUUGGCUCCGAUCUCAACAUCAACGUAUUCGCGUGCAACUUCCGCAUCAACGGCAAGGUGAACGAGGACGUGGAGGAAGCCAACUACCUGAACAACUCCAUCUUCCAUCGACUCUCGAUCACCGCUCCCAACAUCUUGCCGGAGACUAUCCCGAUGUUCCUAUCCUCAACGACGUUCGAGUACGAGCACUAUGGAGAGUGCGUGCAACACUACAAGGAGCGCCUGGGGCUCGAGAAGGACUCGCAACAGGACCUGUUUGUACUCCGCAACGUGGUGAUGACCCCGUUCCAGACGGCAGGCGGGUUUGUCCAGACCAUCGCCGAUACUUUCCAGAGUGUGCUGGUUGAGGAAAUGCAGAACGUCGUGGCUCGCAACACCAUCACGCCCCAGCCGCACACUUUCGUGAUGCAGGGCAUCGACGGCAACGGAAACGCGGCCCUGACUUAUCGUCCGUACUUCUACAAUGCCAAUGGACGCUUCCAGCUUGUCGUCAUCGCCCAUGUCGAGAACAUCGAGGGAAACACUCUGGACCUUCUCCCAUGCGACCUCGUGACGGAUUCAAAGCCUGGCAUGACCAUUGACGAGAUUUGUCUCCCCGGCAACGUUUUCGAGGCCACCACAUAUAGACGCGGUUAUGACAGUGAGGGAAUUGAACACCCGGUCAAGAUUGGUCGCGUCACAGUGUCCGACGUCCGGGUGAUCAAGAAACGCGCCCUUGACUCACGCUACCGCGAGCGCAAGUACCCCGACGCAUUCGUGCCGUUCUAUUUCUACGGUAGCGGGAACAAUUACUUCGUCGACCACAUGCUGCUGAGGGCUCCCAAUGGGCAACUCUCCGCGCAGGUCAGCAUCGACUUCGCAUCCACCAUCCCGUCCGACGCUCUCGAAAAGGGUCUCCUGCUCACCGUCGACCGCUCCGACGCCGCUAUGCAACCCGCCGACCAGGACUCCACCGCGUGGUUCAAGGAGGGCGCCGAGUUCGCGGUCAAGGUCUACGUCGAUCCCAACCCUACGGACGCGUACGGCCCCGGUCUCGUCAACGUCAUCGCGCCCAACAAGCCCGCACCUAUUGCGCGCGGCAAGAUGAUCUUGGGCAAGCCGGUGAUUGACUUGCAGCGGUUGAAUAGGCAGGACUUCACGACGGACACGUCCGCGAUGCGUCGUAUGGUUAGUUUCACUUCUCGGGCCGCACACCCGCAGACGAAGUUGGAGUGGCGUCAGGCCGUCACCUCGAUGUUCGACGAGUAGCCGCAAGAAGAGUCAGGUCGGUUCGAGGGGCGUACGUUUUGUAAUUGUACGAUAUGUUGUUUCUUGCGCGGCGAAUGCCCUCAAACUCCCGAAGUUGUAUCAUCAUUUCCAGUCUCAUUCGCCCGACGGGUUGAACGCUAGUCUCAAUAUACCGAGUCACAAGGUUGAGCACGACGUCCUUAUUCUCUGAGUUGUAGGAUAC